UUCGACAUUAAUCGUCAAAACCAUGGCGAUGGGCGCAUAUUCCGUGAAAUCGCCGCCGCGGGGUCGCCAGCUCGCCGGCUAGUCGACGUACUCUAACGCAGGGAUAGCUGUCUAGCACACGGUUUGCUGGGGACCGAAGCGAGGACGGGAGAUGUAAAAAAACGGCGCUGUUUACUGGGAGCUAGCUAGGCCGCCAUUAGUAACGCACGUCACAGCCCCAUAGUAAUAUGUAGGUAGUUUCCUAACCAGCCGUGCAGGUCCCAUGAGCACUUCAGCUACACCGUCACUAUGAAUGCAAACACCGGUGCUGACUCGAUGCCACUCGAUGUAAAGAUGAGCGUCUCAUUUUCAUUUGCACUCCGGAAUUGUGUCCUCCCGACAUCUGAAAUGACCUGUCGUAGUCCUGUCUCUCUGUCACUCUCUUACAUUUAAUAACAAGGUGGACGACACAGUGUAAAGUCGACGACUAGCUAUAUACUGAGCCGUAAUUUUACUCCAGCCAUGGGUGAAGGCGAGAGAAAGCAGACAUAACCGGUAUUUGUUCGUCUUGCUGUAUUCCGAGAUCUACCCUGAAAUGGCCAGCUUGUCUGUUUUGAUUUACCAGAAUCAAAACAAUUUCGAUCCUCAUUUGCUUUGUGCCUGGCUAUGAGUACUUUGUCUUGAUUUAUUUAACCGUUUAAUGUACUGGUUAUUUUGCAGCUUAUAAAAAACUUUAUGGACUGAUUUGCUUGACAUUACACGUGUUUGGGCUUAUAUCCAACUCGAUUCUCAUAAUUCGUUGAAAUGAUCCCCUAAACAGUGGAAAUGAAACCAAUCAGUUGGCUAGCUACUUUAAGCUAGCUAACCCCCUUCCCCAUAUGGACCUGUUCAUCGGUAACAAAAAAUGUCAUAGCCAACUUUAUAUUUGACACUGCAUUUAGAAUUAGGGUAGCUGUCUCACCUGGGUAUUUUAGCUUUUGUUUGUGUGGUGUCCUUUAUGGAAACUUUCCUCACCCGAUGUUAUAGUCAGGGAUACUGAUACAUAGAGAAAUACCGUGUAGAACAGUGGCUACAAUCAGUAUUCUGAAAAUGGGGGACCCAAACUCAAGAAGAAAACAAACAAUGAACAGAUUACGUGCUCAACUUAGAAAGAAAAAGGAGUCCUUGGCUGACCAGUUUGAUUUCAAGAUGUACGUUGCUUUCGUGUUCAAAGAUAAGAAGAAAAAGUCUGCACUUUUUGAGGUGGCUGAAGUGGUACCGGUUAUGACCAAUAACUAUGAAGAGCAUAUUAUUAAAGGUGUGCGAGAUUGCAGCUACUCGCUGGAGAGCUCCUUAGAACUACUGCAGAAGGAUGUGGUACAGUUACACGCCCCUCGCUACCAGUCAAUGCGCAGGGAUGUCAUUGGAUGCACCCAGGAGAUGGAUUUCAUCCUUUGGCCUCGCAAUGACAUAGAGAAGAUUGUCUGUCUUCUGUUCUCCAGAUGGAAGGGAUCUGCUGAUGAGCCGUUUAGGCCUGUUCAGGUCAAGUUUGAAUUUCAUCACGGCGACUAUGAGAAGCAGUUCUUGCAUGCUGUGAGUCGAAAGGACAAGGCUGGAAUGGUGAUGAACAACCCUAGUCAGUCUAUGUUCCUCUUUAUGGACAAACAGCACUUACAGACUCCAAAAACUAAGGCUACAGUCUUCAAGUUGUGCAGCAUCUGCCUCUACCUGCCACAGGAUCAGCUGACAUGCUGGGGCGUGGGUGGGAUAGACGACCAUCUCCGUCCAUAUAUGCCAGACUAGGGUGUCACCGUUGCCACAGAGGGAGAGAAACCCAAGACCACUACCGCAGGCUCACCUCCUUUCUGACACAGAUAGUUUUCAUCACUCGAUACAAGUGAACUUGCGCUUGGAACACUCCUUUUGUUAGCCCAUCUUCAUCCAGGACCUUGGUUCACUCAUUCUUCUUCUACGUUCCUGUGUAUUUUUGUUUUGGUUUUUUUUUUUUUUUUUGCACUGAUUUGUGACCAUAUCAUGAAUGAUUGUAAAUUUCUGAUCUCACAGGUAAAAUGUACAGCGUUUUAAAGAAUUAUUUCUAUAAUCUGUGUUGAGGGAGGCAGGUAAGCCUGGGAGGAAUUUGUGCACAAAUUUUGAAGAUCAGAAAAGCCAGGAAACAAUUAUAAUUUUUUUGGCUAGGCUUCAUUUCCCCGCUAAUGCUUUACUUGGUCUAUUGGUGUCUCCCUAGCUUGGCCUUAGAUUUUAUCAUCACUUGUCAUAUGUUACUGCCAGGCGAUUCUGACAUGCUCUAGGGUGCACAGCCUGGAAGGAAGGUGUGAUGAAAUCGUGCUGUGAAAUUGUAAGGAAAAAAACCAAAUUAAGCUUUUUUUCCCCUCUCCUUAAGGACAUAUUGAUACCAUGCAGGAAAUGCAUGGGCUGCAGUCUGGAUAACAGAAGUGCAUUUUGGGAAUCUCUUUAGGGAACCUGUAAAUGAAACUCUUCUGUACCUUGACAAUAAAGCUCUGGAGAUGCAUUAAAAA